AUGGUCGACAUUUUGGUGCGAUUACUUGCGGGUUAGUUAUAUUUAGCUGUUCUUUAUAAUUCAAAUUUUUAUUGAUUGCUAAACUAUAUUAUUUAUAUUUUCAGAGCAUGUGCGUCAUUUUUCAGAAGAUGUAUUUCAUCUGACACUAAAUUCAACAAACCUUGCGAGAAGCCAUGUGAAUUGAAUCUUGAAUGUAGAAAAUUGUGUUCGAUAUGUAGAUUUCAAAAAAUGUAAAGCUGUUGGUAUGCGUGAGAAUUAUGUGAACCCGACUAUUGAGAAACACUUGAAACGAUUUUCAAAGUUUUAUAAACAGUUGGAAAAAAGAAAGUUUGAAGAAUGGCCAAACAGAGAAGAACAAAUUAGUGAUCAUUUCAUGUUGAGUUCUACCAUCAAAAAAUAUUCCAUAAUUAUUCUCGAAAACUUGGAAUUUGCUUUUCCCGAAAUCAAAAAAAUAUCUGAUGUUCAACUCAAAAUCAUACGUAAUAAUUUUCUACCAUCAUUCAUGAUUGCCGAAGUUGCUUAUCAAUCUGAAAUUCCAACUCAAUGGAUGUUACCAAAUGGUACAUAUGUCGAUACAGAGAAUGUUGGUUCCUUUUAUAAUAACCCGAGAGCCGCAGAGUUAGUUUAAUCCAAGUUUAAUCUGCGAAGCAUUGAAAAAUCAUUUUCCAGACUGUACAGACCGUAUUGGGACAUAGGAAUUAAAAAUUGCAUGAUUCCAAUUAUCGAAGCAAAUCUUGAUAGAUUUGAAUUUCAAUUUUUAGCUGCUUUGAUUUUCUGGGAUUCAAAACUACCUAAAUUAACCACCGAAAUAGAGAAUUUAUGUGAAAAGAAUCGACAAGAAGUCAUGGAAGAACUCUCGAAAUAUUUAAAAUGUUUGCAUCAAGAUGAAUCACCAGUUCGAGUUGCAAAAAUUGUAAUGCUUCUGAAAGGAAUCGGCGUAGCAGUUGAGAGUUUCAAUGACUCUUUGAUUAUGACACAAUUGCACAGUUUCGAAGAAUAUCAUAGGACACUUUAUGAAUUGAACGGAUUAAAGUUGUAA